AAACAAUAGGUGUUCUUCCAUUCCCAUCCUCUUCCCACAACUCCCCCAGUACGUAGUUUCUCUUCAGGUGGGAUCCGUCUCCUGUGUGAAUAUUUGUUGUUGUUCGGAUUUCUGCCGUAUUUCAAACCGCUGGUCGAAAACAAACGCUUAAAGCCAGACCAUUCUUGCCUUCCAUCUCCUGCAGUGUUCUUUGACUGCAUAUCUUCGCCUGGCGCAAAGUUUGACUGCUCAAUCCACCACAAUCAGAGUAUAUCCUUCCGUUCGCAUACCCGUUCUUUUUUAAAACCCUUCACCCCAGCACACAUCAAACAAGAUGGGUUGUUUCAUGAGCGCCGAAGAGAAGGAGAAUAAGCGCAAGAACGACGAAAUUGACAAUGCCCUCAAGAAAGAAAAGGUCAACAUGCGCAAUGAAGUCAAGAUGCUUUUGCUGGGUGCUGGUGAAUCUGGCAAGAGUACCAUUCUUAAACAGAUGAAGCUUAUCCACGAUAAUGGAUACAGUAACGAAGAGCGAGAAACAUUCAGGGAAAUCGUUUUCAGCAACACUGUCCAGUCCAUGCGGGUCAUUUUGGAGGCGAUGCAAAACAUGGGAAUCGCCUUGUCGAAUCCCGCCAACGAAAUGCACCGAGCAGUCAUUAUGGAACUUCCCCAUCAAAUUGAAGCUGAAGUAUUCCCUCCCGAAGUUGCAGCUGCCGUCAAGUCGUUGUGGGUGGAUGAUGGUGUGCAGGCCUGUUUUGCACGAAGCCGUGAAUACCAGCUCAAUGACUCGGCAAAGUACUAUUUUGACUCUAUUGACCGUAUUGCUGCUCCCGACUACGUCCCAACCGACCAAGAUGUGUUGCGCUCUCGUGUCAAGACGACGGGUAUUACGGAAAACACCUUCCACAUUGGUGACCUCACCUACCGUAUGUUUGAUGUCGGUGGUCAGCGGUCGGAGCGAAAGAAGUGGAUCCACUGCUUCGAGGAGGUUACUGCCAUCGUCUUCUUGGUUGCCAUCUCCGAGUACGAUCAAGUAUUGGUCGAGGAUGAGACGGUCAACCGUAUGCAAGAAGCUUUGACCCUCUUUGACUCCAUCUGCAACAGCCGAUGGUUCGUCAAGACCUCAAUCAUUCUCUUCUUGAACAAGAUCGACUUGUUUAGGGAAAAGUUGCCAAAGAGUCCUAUGGGCAAGUACUUCCCCGACUACGCCGGCGGUGACAACUACGAUGCUGCCUGCGAGUACAUUCUCAACCGCUUCGUCUCCCUGAACCAAAGUGACCAAAAGCAAAUCUACACGCAUUUCACUUGUGCAACAGACACCACACAGAUCAAGUUCGUCAUGGCUGCUGUAAACGAUAUCAUCAUUCAGACAAACCUUCGGGAUUGUGGUCUCAUGUAAAGCUGGGUAUUCUCUAUUUGUUUCCUACCUGUCUGUGGAAGCCGAAGGUGAUACCCAUAAGUAAAGAGGGAGAGCAGUUACGAAUAUGGACAGAAAGUAGAGUGCUUGGCAGAGUUUGGGACAGUUUGUGACAUGUUAAUCUUAAUAAAUAAUAGAACACUGAUCUUUCACUGAAUA